AUGGCUACAACAACAAUGGCUACACCUAUGUUUACUCGUAGAUUGAUUAUUUGUACUCCGCAUUGCUCUAUUCGAUCCACAGCAAUUCAUUUCUCAUCACUCACCAAGAAACCAGAAACAUCAAUUAACCUCAGUUCUUCACAUUGUGUUUCUGGGGUUGCCCCACUUGUUGUUAAUAGAACUUCCAAUUUUGCGUCACCCAUUGGAAGAAAUUCACAGCCACUCACUGUAGUCUGCGCCAAAGGCUACAAAAUGAAGACCCACAAGGCUUCGGCGAAGCGAUUUCGGGUUACCGGUAGUGGGAAGAUACUGAGGAGGAGAGCAGGGAAGCAACAUUUGCUGGGAAAGAAAAAUACUAAGAGGAAAUUGAGACUCUCCAAAGUGGUACAAGUUGAUCGAAGUGACUAUAACAACGUGAUUGGCGCUUUGCCUUAUCUCAAAGUUAAUCGUUCAAACUAA